AGAGCGAGUAGAGCCUCCGCCAGCUCCGGCGGGCAGCAGGCGUUGGAGCGCAGCGCAGCGCAGCUCAGCGCAGCACCAUCGGUCCGCAGAGCAGACUGAGCUAGAAAGCGGAGCGCUGUCGCCGGAGGCGGGCAAUGAGGAGGGCAGGUGCUGCCUGCAGCGCCAUGGACCAGCUGCUCCCGCUGCUGCUGCUGCUGCUUCUAGGGGUGUCCUUUGGAGGUGCCAAGGAAACAUGUUCCACAGGCCUGUACACCCACAGCGGAGAGUGCUGCAAAGCCUGCAACUUGGGUGAAGGUGUGGCCCAGCCUUGCGGAGCCAACCAGACUGUGUGUGAACCCUGCCUGGACAGUGUUACGUUCUCUGAUGUGGUGAGCGCCACUGAGCCGUGCAAGCCGUGCACCGAGUGCCUGGGCCUGCAGAGCAUGUCCGCUCCCUGUGUGGAGGCAGAUGAUGCAGUGUGCCGAUGCUCCUAUGGCUACUACCAGGACGAGGAGACUGGCCGCUGCGAGGCUUGCAGCGUGUGCGAAGUGGGCUCAGGACUCGUGUUCUCCUGCCAGGACAAACAGAACACAGUGUGUGAAGAGUGCCCAGAGGGCACAUACUCAGACGAAGCCAACCACGUGGACCCGUGCCUGCCCUGCACGGUGUGCGAGGACACUGAGCGCCAGUUACGCGAGUGCACGCCCUGGGCCGACGCCGAAUGCGAGGAGAUCCCUGGCCGAUGGAUCACAAGGUCUCCACCCCCGGAGGGCUCUGACAUCACAGUGCCCAGCACCCAGGAGCCUGAGGCACCCCCAGAGCAAGACCUCGUAGCCAGCACAGUGGCGGAUAUGGUGACCACUGUGAUGGGCAGCUCCCAGCCGGUAGUGACCCGAGGCACCACUGACAACCUCAUUCCUGUCUAUUGCUCCAUCCUGGCUGCUGUGGUUGUGGGCCUCGUGGCCUAUAUUGCUUUCAAGAGGUGGAAUAGCUGCAAGCAAAAUAAACAAGGAGCCAACAGCCGGCCGGUGAACCAGACACCCCCACCGGAGGGAGAGAAACUGCACAGCGACAGUGGCAUCUCUGUGGACAGCCAGAGCCUGCAUGACCAGCAGACCCAUACACAGACUGCCUCAGGCCAGGCCCUCAAGGGUGAUGGCAACCUCUACAGUAGCCUGCCCCUGACCAAGCGUGAGGAGGUAGAGAAGCUGCUCAAUGGUGAUACCUGGCGACAUCUGGCAGGCGAGUUGGGCUACCAGCCUGAGCAUAUAGACUCCUUUACCCACGAGGCCUGCCCAGUCCGAGCCCUGCUGGCGAGCUGGGGUGCCCAGGACAGUGCAACGCUUGAUGCCCUUCUAGCCGCCCUGCGACGCAUCCAGAGAGCUGACAUUGUGGAGAGCCUGUGCAGCGAGUCCACGGCCACAUCCCCAGUGUGAGCUCACAGACCGGGAGCCCCUGUCCUAUCCCACAUUCCGACGACUGAUGUUCUAGCCAGCCCCCACAGAGCUGCCCCCCUCUCCCUUGGGGUGGCCCAACAGUCAGAAUGGAGCAUCUCUGUGCAGGGCCUCUGUGUCCCGCUCCCCAAACCACAGCCCCGUUGCUACUCUUGAGGGGCCCCUUGCUUCUGACCACACUCCCUCUCCAGCGAGAGAUAGGACCACCCCAAGCCUGUCUUGCCUCAUGACCAUCUCAGGCCUUCCCUUUCUUUCUACAUAUUAGCUGUGUCAGAUCUGGGGGUUUGACACUAGAGAAGGUAACAGGGGCACCCCCAAGACUCAGGAGGUACUGAAGAACCAGAGCCAUGGACUCCACACUGUGAACCGGAGAACAGAGGGGCAUUGUGCUAGGAUAGACCUUCCUCAGCCCCUCCUCUCUCCCCUCUGGCCAAAGAUGAAGAAGAUUACAGGCCUAUCUGAGCUGAAAGCAGGUUUGGAACCCAGUCCACACUCCCCUCUUACACAUAAGAUGGUAAAGCCCAGAGAGAGGUAGGAACUGACCUAGGCCACCCAACAACAGGGAGAUCAAAUGUAGGCUGACACACUUCUUUCUGAAUGAGGUUGUCAAGUGUGCUUGUUGGCAGGGAUGGAGUGACUUUCAGGGAAAUAUCUGGAAGUCACGUCUGUUCCACCCUCAACCACUUCCAGGCCCCUACCCAACCCUUGUGUAGAUGAACUAUUUAUCCAAGACUUGGUCCAGUGGCCUAUUCUGAUGGAGUCGGUCUAAGGGCUUCAGGAGUGGGGUGCUGCCUUCUUCUGUCUCUGUCAGGCUUAUCCACAUGGCAUUUGUGGAGGGAUGAAUCUGUCAGUGCUCUCAUUCUUGGCAUAAGCCUGAAGCCAACAAUGGCCCUUGUAGUCAGCCCUAGGGUUCAGGGACCAAGGACUUCCACCCCACAGUCUAACACCACACACACACACACACACACACACACACACACACACACACACACACUCACACUCACACAAUAGGAUGUCUUGUUUCUCCCCCCCCCCCCCAUGGCUGGCUCUUUUGGGGCUGAGACUAGAUCCUGCUGGGAGUUGCUGCCAGAGAAAGAUCGGAGGGGACCAAGCAGAGCUUCAUGGGGUUGUCUUCCUCACUCUGGGCUCUGGCAAGCUGAGAACUGCUGCAUCUGAACUGGCUUCUAUCUCCGAUGGCCUGUACGCAGAGGAAUGCUCACACUCCUCCCCUUCUUGAAGCCCAACUUGGGCUGCAUCCAGAAGACUACAGCGAAGAAAAGCAGUGAGAACACAAGAAAAAGCAGAUGCUGGCCUGCAGUCUGUGGCAACUUUCUCCUCCAGUUCAAGGCCCCUCCAAAGGACUGAUUUCCUGAGCACGGCCAGGAAGGGCACGAGGACUCAGUGGCGCUUUCACCUGGCUUCUUGGCCUGUUCUGUUUUGCUUGCUGUUGGAAUGAGUGGGCUCCCCCUCUAUUUAGCAUGAAGGAGUCCCAGGCAGGGUAUGCACAGACUGACCACCAUCCCUCCCCACCCAGGGUCCACCCAACCCUGUAAAGAGACCAGGAGCAUUGUACACGGGUGGUAUUUUUAUGGACCUCAAUCUGCAAUUGGUAGAGGGACCCCACCUGCUGGCCCUCCCCAGACACCUGGGAAGUGGGACAUUUUUCGUGUAUUUAUUUUCCUCCCCAGAAGCUGGGGAGUGGGGGGAGCUGCAGGUACGGUUUAGCAUGUAUUUGGUUCUGGGGUCUCUCCAGCCUUAUUUUGGGCCAAGAUGGAAUCUUUGGCCCUCCAGCUGGUGACAUGAGCUCCAGACCCCUUCAUGCUCCCCGACACCUUCCCUUUGCAUCCUGUGUAAUCAUUUCUUGGGCCCUCCCAAAACCUACACAUAAAACGUACGUGAUGACCAUUAAAUAGCAAAAAAA